AUGGCCACGGACGAGGUUACCAAAUCCAAAAUCGCAGAGGGAAUUCAGGCCCUUAAGACCGAUGAGUCGGCCGCUUCCAACGCCCCCGGCGACAUGGCCGCCGCCCCGCCCGUGGACAUGGCGCAGGAUAUCAACCCGUGGAGCGUGAGCGGCGCAAUUGUCGAUGGGAAGCUCAAGGCAAUCGACUACGACCGUCUGGUGGACACGUUUGGCACCCAGCUGAUCACGAAGGAACUCCUUGAGCGCUUUGAGCGGGUGACCGGCCACAAGCCGCACCCGUUCCUGAGGAGAGGCCUCGUCUUCAGCCACCGCGACCUCGAUUGGAUUCUGACUCGGCACGAGAAGGGCGAGCCUUUCUUCCUGUACACGGGCCGAGGGCCUAGCAGCGAUAGCAUGCACCUGGGGCAUAUGGUUCCUUUCACAUUCACCAAAUGGCUCCAGGAUGUGUUUGAUGUUCCCCUCGUGAUUAUGAUGACCGACGACGAGAAAAUCAUCUUCGGCAAGAAGAAUUACACGAUCGAGGAGAUGCGAACGUUCACCCGCAACAAUGCGAAGGAUAUUCUGGCAGUGGGAUUUGAUCCCAAGAAGACGUUCCUGUUCAGUGACUUUGAUUUCAUGGGCGGGGCCUUUUACGAGAAUGUCGUUAAGAUCUCUCGUCUGAUUACGUACAACAUCAGCAAGGCUGUAUUUGGCUUCAAUGAGAGUGAUAACAUCGGCAAAUCCCACUUCGUGGCUGUGCAGUCUGCGACGGCCUUCGCGACCACCUUCCCUCACAUCUUUGGACCAGAUCAGAAGAAGAACGCAAAGAUUCCCUCUCUAAUCCCGUGCGCCAUCGACCAGGAUCCCUACUUCCGGGUUUGCCGUGACGUCGCACCGCGUCUGGGGUAUCCUAAGCCCGCUUUGAUUCACGCCAAGUUUUUCCCAGCACUUCAGGGUCCCGGCUCGAAGAUGAGCUCGUCCAUUGACACGAGCGCUAUCUUUAUGACUGACACUCCCAAGCAAAUUGAAAAGAAGAUUAACAAAUACGCCUUCUCCGGCGGUCGCGACACGAUAGAAGAGCACCGCAAGUAUGGUGGCAACCCCGACGUGGAUGUCCCUUUCCAGUACCUCAGCUUCUUCUCCGAGGAUGACGAGGAACUCGAGCAGAUCCGCACGGGCUACAUGAAAGGCGAGAUUCUCACCGGAGAGCUGAAGAAGAAGUGCAUUGCGAAACUGCAGGAGUUCGUUAAGGCUUACCAGGAGCGCCGAGCAGCGAUCACUGACGAGGUCCUGGAUGAGUUCAUGAGGGUCCGGCCGCUACAAUGGGGCCAGGGUCGGGCGGCGGCAGCAGCCCCAGUCCAGAAGGAGUCUGAGAGCAAGUAG